CAAGUGUUGGGCACGUUUCAAGUUUCCUAACCUCAAACUCCUAUGCAUAAAUGACGAAUUUGUUUGAAAAUGUCUCGUUUGAUAAUAAAAAAUUUGCCCAAAAAGAUUACAGAAGAUAAAAUACGAGAGCUAUUUGGAGUUAUCGGAACUGUCACGGACGUUCAGUUAAAGUACACAGAGGAAGGAAAGUUUCGACAGUUUGCGUUCAUUGGGUAUCACACAGAAAAUGAGGCGAACGAAGCUAUUAAACAAUUCAAUAAUACCCACAUUAAAACCCAUCGCAUUCAAGUUGAGGCAUGUAGUUCUCUUGGCGAUGCAACGAAACCAAAGUCUUGGAGCAAAUACGCAAGCGACAGUAACGCGUUUAAGAGAAAUACUGAGGGGCACGCCAUUAAAGAGACUGACGUACCUGAAACGUCAACAAAUACUCGAAAGAAAAAGGAGUUGGAGCUGUUAGAAAAGUACAAAGAUGAUCCGAAAUUUGAAGAAUUUUUAGAACUACACGCUCCAAAUGAUAAAGGUCUUUUGUUGGAAACGAAAAACGUAGAGGAACCUGAAAGUGGCGACGAUCAACGCAAGACCGCCAAUCAGCAGGUGUCGGAUGUUGACUACAUGAAGUCUUUAAUAAGAACGGAACCUCCACCGGAGAAAAAACGCCGAAAUCUUCCUCUUUACACGAUAAAAUUGCAAAACGUACCGAUCCACUGCAAAAAGAAAGAUAUUAAGGACUUCUUUCGGACGAUCGCACCCUUUUCGAUUAGGCUGCCGCGGAAAAUUAAAGGAAUUUGCUUCGCGACUUUCAAAACGGAGAAAAAAUUCAAACGUGCCCUACUCAAAGAUAAGAGCUUCAUAAAUGGUAAACAAGUUUCGGUGACCGCGUAUAAGUUACCGCAGUCGGAGGCGAGUGCGACGAGCAAUACCAAACGAUCGAAGUGGAAGAGUCAGGAGGACGCGCUUAAAGACGAAGAGGACGUGGCGGAGUCGGGUCGGAUUUUUAUUCGGAAUUUGUCGUACACGUGUACCGAGGACGUGAUUCAGGAGUUGUUCGCAAAAUAUGGCCCGAUUACCGAAGUGAACUUGCCGAUCGAUUCGGUCACACGUAAACUGAAAGGUUUCGGUUUCGUGACGUUUCUAAUGCCCGAGCAUGCGGUCAAGGCGUACACGGAACUGGACGGUUCCAUCGUACAGGGUCGCAUGCUGCAUUUGCUACCGGGAAAGGCGAAGGCGGACGAGACCGACUCGAAGGUCGACGAGUCGACGAAUUACAAACAAAAGAAGAUCGCCAAGUUAAAAUCGCAGGCGGGAUCGUCGUACAAUUGGAACUCACUAUUUUUAGGACACAACGCUGUGGCGGAUGUCAUCGCGAAAACGUACGGGACGUCGAAGGAGGCGGUCUUGAAUCCGCACGGCGAUAGUAACGCGGCCGUUCGUUUGGCACUCGGCGAAACGCAAAUUGUCGCGAGCACAAGGAAGUACUUGGAAGCCGAAGGCGUGCAUCUCGACGCUUUUAAUAAUGCACCCACAAAACGCUCGAAAACUGUGAUAUUAGUGAAAAAUUUGCCCGCGGAAACGGAACUCGCCGAAUUGCGCGAACUGUUUCAGAAGUACGGCGUGAUAGGCCGCAUCAUAUUUCCCCCGAGUGGAAUAACAGCAAUUGUCGAGUUUCUUGAACCGUCCGAGGCGCGCAAGGCCUUUAUGGGGUUGGCGUAUUCCAAGUUCAAGCACACUCCCUUAUACUUGGAAUGGGCCCCGGCUGAUGGCUUAAAAUCUCUGGGCGCAGCUUCAGACACUGUAACAGUCGACGCAAAGGUGGAAGAGACUCCCGAAGUUAAACUCGAGGAAGAGAUUGAGGAAGAACCCGAGCCUGAUACGACGCUAUUUGUCAAGAAUCUUAAUUUCAGAACGACUGAUGCCGGUUUACGUCAGCACUUUGCACCUUGCGGUAAGAUACACUAUGCCAAUGUCGCAAUGAAGAAGGAUAACAGGAAUCCAUCACUUCAAUUAUCGAUGGGUUACGGCUUUGUACGGUUCAUUCAUAAGGCCAGUGCGAAUAAAGCACUGAAAGAGCUGCAGAAUAGCACACUCGACGACAAGAUCUUGGAAAUUAAGCGAUCGGAACGAACUCUUGCAAAUGAGGCAGGCUCGACGCGGAAGUCUUCCAAAGUGACCAAGCAAACCGGUACCAAGAUCCUCGUGCGAAAUGUUCCAUUUCAGGCGAAACACAAGGAGCUGUUUGAGUUGUUCAGCACGUUCGGCGAAAUUAAAGCUCUACGGCUACCAAAGAAAAUCUCCACGGGCGAGGGCGGCGAUCAUCGAGGGUUCGCCUUUGUUGAUUUUUUUACAAACGCGAACGCUAAGAGUGCCUUCGAAGCGCUCGGUCAAAGUACUCACCUGUUCGGUAGACGGCUCGUUCUCGAAUGGGCGUCGCAAGAAGACGAAGAGGUGGACGCGAUCCGUAAAAGGACCGCCGAACAUUUUCAAGAGGAAAAGGAGGUUAGGUCGAAGAAGAGUGUGUUUAAUAUUGAGUCAUAGUAUGUUCGAAUAAAGAAUAAAUAACCUA